CAUGCAGCGUUUACCGUGAAUGCACUCUCCGCUAAAGCGGGAACAUUACUUUGGGAAUGGUCCAUUUAGCUGGUGCCUGGGGAGUAAUUAGGUCCCUCCCCGUUUCGUCGUUUGCAACGUUUCUGCAACACCGUCGCCGUAAUGAAUACGCCCCUGGUGAUGUCUUCCGCUUCUGUUAUUUUAUUAAAACACAGAAGUUGGUCUGAUCUAUUGGAGUUAUGUAAAUCAACAGCUGCUCAUAACGGCAAUCCAGACUCAGUCCAGUGGAGAGUUAGCUUGGAGAGCCUGUACUUUUUUUUUUGUCUGCGUUUCAAUUGAGUGUUAAAUUAUGUCUCAAAGGGAGCAGCUUUAUAAUCUACUCAACUGAUACGGUGUGAUUGGAUUUACCGACACAGAGAGAUGACUCGUAUUAAAGAAGCGUAAAGAUGCCAUCGUGGAUCAGGCUGACGCUUCUCCUGUCUGCGCUGCCAGUCCACUGCUUUCUGGACGGGACCUGUCCAAGGAGAGGUAGGCUUAUUUUAUUAUUGGAUUAUAUCAAUCAAAUAUUUAAUAGAUUUUGUUUCAUGCUUGUAGGCUAAUUCUUUUAAUUUCUGCCCAGAGCGGGUGAAAACUCGCUUUGGUGAUGAAAUGUCACUUUCCUUAUGUUAUAAAAUAAAUGUUACCAAGGGGCAUUUCCAUCAAAAAGUCCCAAUGAAGUUCAUAGGAGCAUAUCAAAUUGGGUGUCAAAUGAAAGCUAAGAGUUUAUAUUUUUUGGGGGGGGGAAAUGAAGGCAUAGAUGCAUUUUUAUUUUAUUUUCAUUCUUAACAUUUUGGCAUAAGUAAAGGCUUUUAUUUCUGGAUAAACCGAUGGAAAAGGGGUUUUCACUUCACAAUAACAGCACUUACAGUUGACCAGGGCAGCUCUAGCAGGGCAGAAAUUUGAUGAACUGACUUGUUGGAAAGGUGGAAUCCUAUGACUGUGCCACGUUGAAAGUCACUGAGCUCUUCAGUAAGGCCAUUCUACUGAUAAUGUCUGUCUAUGGAGAUUGCAUGGCUGUGUGCUCAAUUUUAAACACCUGUCAGCAAUGGGUGUGGCUGAAUUAGCUGAAUCCACUAAUUUGAAAGGGUGUCCACAUACUUCUGUAUAUAUUGUGUACAGUGGUGUAAAGUACUUAAGUAAAAAUACUUUAAAGUACUACUUAAGAAGGUUUUUUUGGUAUCUGUACUUUACUUUACUAUUUAUAUUUUUUGCCAACUUUUACUUUUACUUCACUACAUUCCAAAAUAAAAUAAUGUACUUUUUACUCCAUACAUUUUCCCUGACACCCAAAAGUACUCGUUACAUGUUGACAGGAAAAUUGUCCAAUUCACACACUUAUCAAGAUAACAUCCCUGGUCAUCCCUACUGCCUCUGAUCUGGUAGAUUCACUAAACACAAAUGCUUCGUUUGAAAAUUAUGUCUGAGUAAAUUAUGUCUGAGUGUUGGAGUGUGCCCCUGGCUAUCCGUAAAUUUAACAAAACUAAAAUACAAUUUUGCCAUCUGGUUUGCUUAAUAUAAGGAAUUUGAAAUUAUUUAUACUUUUACUUUUACUUUUGAUACUUAAGUAUAUUUAACAAUUCCAUUUACUUUUGAUACUUAAGUAUAUUUAAAACCAAAUAAUUUUAGACUUUUACUCAAGUAGUAUUUUUCUGGGUGACUUUCACUUUUACUUGAGUCAUUUUCUAUUAAGGUAUCUUUACUUUUACUCAAGUAUGACCAUUGGGUACUUUUCCCACCACUGAUAGUGUAUCAUUAGCAUUAUAAUCAAAAAGUCGGAUUUCGUAACAUAAAUACAGAACUUUGUUGACAGAGCGGUGCUGCUUUCUCAUAGCGACUAAUGAGGAUUUGACAUGUUGUGGUGGUCAUCUGCAAAGUUGUUUCCGCGGGUCGCAAAAAGCUAAAUUAACAUGACAUGAACUGAAUUAAAUGUAAAAGGCUUUGAAAAUAAAAAGCUUUUGGUAAGCUCAGUGCUCUGUUGACAUUUCACAGAGAUAGGAUACUAGGGGGUAACUAGCCCCACCUAAGAACAAUGUCCUGUACUCCCUGUUCACUCAUGACUGCAUGGCCAGGCACGACUCCAACACCAUCAUUAAGUUUGCCGAUGACACAACAGUGGUGGCCCUGAUCACCGACAACGACGAGACAGCCUAUAGGGAGGAGGUCAGAGACCUGGCCGUGUGGUGCCAGGACAACAACCUCUCCCCCAACGUGAUCAAGACAAAGGAGAUGAUUGUGGACUACAGGAAAAAUAAGAGGACUGAGCACGCCCCCAUUCUCAUCGAGGGGCUGUAGUGGAGCAGGUUGAGAGCUUCAAGUUCCUUGGUGUCCAUAUCACCAACAAACUAACAUGGUUCAAGCACACCAAGACAAUCGUGAAGAGGGCAUGACAAAACCUAUCCCCCCUAAGGAGACUGAAAAGAUUUUGCAUGGGUCCUCAUAUCCUCUUUAAUAACUCUACCUACAUGUACAUAAUACCUAAAUUACCUCAACUAACCGGUGCCCCCGCACAUUGACUCGGUACCGGUACCCCAUGUAUAUAGCCUCGCUAUCUUUAUUUUACUGCUGCUCUUUAAAUAUUUGUUACUUUUAUUUCUUAUUUUUUUGUAGGUAUUCUUUCUUAAAACUGCAUUGUUGGUUAAAGGCUUGUAAGUAAGCAUUUCACUGUAAGGUCUACACCUGUUGUAUUCGGCGCAUGUGACAAAUCACAUUUGAUUUGAUUUGAUUUGACCUCAGACUGGGGCGAAGGUUCACCUUCCAACAGGACAAUGACCCUAAGCACACAGCCAAGACAACGCAGGAGUGGCUUCGGGACAAGUCUCUGAAUGACCUUGAGUGGCCCAGCCAGAGCCCGGACUUGAACCCGAUCUAACAUCUCUGGAGAGACUUGAAAAUAGCUGUGCAUCCAACCUGACAGAGCUCGAGAGGAUCUGCAGAGAAGAAUGGGAGAAACUCCCCAAAUACAAGAAGACUCUCGGUUGUAAUCGCUGCCAAAGGUGCUUCAACAAAGGACUGCGUAAAGGGUCUGAAUACUUAUGUAAAUGUCAUAUUUCCGUUUUUUAUUUGAAAUAAAUUAGCAAAUUUGCUUUGUCAUUAUGGGGUAUUGUGUGUAGAUUGAUGAGGCUGUAAUGUAGUAAAAUGUGGAAAAAGUGAAGGGGUCUGAUUAUUUUCAGAAUGCACUGUAUAUCACUUGUAAAUGAAAAAUAUAUAUAUUACAUUCUAAACAUGAGACUAUAAGUACGAAAGUCCAGGGUCCUGGGAACAGUAUUGGCAUUAGGCCAACAUGUUCAAGGCUGGAGCCUAUCAUGUUUACUCAGACCCAUGGGUAAACAAACAAGCCAAAGAUCUGUCAAAACCCCUAAAUAAUGAUGUAUCUACAGGGUUUCUUUCACAUGAUCAGCUGGUGUCAUCAGUUUGGCUUUUGCCGGUCUUUAUAGAGAAUAUCCAGACUCUAGUGACAGCAGCUUUAUAGAGAUUGGGUCCAGCGACAGAGAGAUUGUUAUAUUCUUUUUUUAUUUUAAGUAAAGAAUGUUCAUCAGUAAACAUUUAGACCGAUGUUUUGUAGCUCUGUGACUGAGCUUUACUGGUGGGAGAGGUGGAGGGAUAGGAGGAGGAGUGAAAAACAGAAUAACAGACAGAGGGUGGAGGGAUAGGAGGAGGAGUGAAAAACAGAAUAACAGACAGAGGGUGGAGGGAUAGGAGGAGGAGUGAAAAACAGAAUAACAGACAGAGGGGGAGGGAUAGGAGGAGGAGUGAAAAACAGAAUAACAGACAGAGGGUGGAGGGAUAGGAGGAGGAGUGAAAAACAGAAUAACAGACAGAGGGUGGAGGGAUAGGAGGAGGAGUGAAAAACAGAAUAACAGACAGGUUGGGAGAGAAAGAGAGUUUGUUAAAGAAGAGACAGGCUGAGAAAAGAUAAAUACUGAGAGGAGAUGGAAGAGAGAGAGACUUAGAGAAAGGGAAAGAGGUAGGAAGAAGGGAUGUGUUGAAAGAGGAAGUGAGAGAGGGGUUGGUGAACAGUUAUGCAAUGUGUUCUCUUAGUUUAUCUGUACUGCCCAGUCAACCACAACCUAUACCCUCAACGUGUGUGUGUGUGUGUGUAUAAGGGAACAUGCGUGCCUGCAUGCCUGGGUGUGUCCAUGUAUAGUAUUGACACGUUGUCUUUCUCUCUCCCUCCAGACCCCCCUCCCAGGGUGCUGGUGUUGUCCCCAGGCAGCGCUCUGGUCUUGGGCUGCAGUGGGCAGGUGGAGGUGAACGGGCUGGAGGUGACGGUUAACAGGGCCGAACACACCAGCAGCAGCUAUACCACCACCACUGGAAAUGGAAAAUACACCAGUGCCAUCACCGGAGUACACACCACCACUGUCAGCACCACAACAGACACCAGCGCUAACGGAACUACAGUCAGUGCUAUAAAAGAUAGCAGUGAUAAGGGAAAAUACACUGUUUCUACCGGAAAGGACAUCAUUGUCCUUACCGUUACAGACACUCCUGAUGAUACCAGGACAGACAGUAUGGAGAAAACCGUCAUCAGGAACACUCGUGCAGGAGACCACACUCCUCUUACUGUGAGAGAAGUUAACAAUGGGAAUGGAAAGAAUGUGGAAAAUGUAACAGAGGAGGAGUACAAAGGAGGAGGAGAGCAGAGGGAUACAGGGCUGAGUCUUUACACUGUCAAUCAACCAGGACAUACAGCUACACAGAAACAGGUUCCUUCUACUGGGGCAUCACUCCAGCCAACCAGAGACAGCGGAGUGGGAGGUGCUGACACUGAGCUGCCCUCUGAUCGGUGGACUGAUGCGAUGGACGGUGAGGAUGACUAUGAGGAAGAGGAGGAUGGGGGGAGGAAGGUGAGGGGGCUGAGAGGGAGGUCUCAGUGGAGACUGAACGGGAGGCUGCUGAGAGGAGGAGAGGAAAGAGGAGGAGUGGUGGUGUUGGGGAGGAGAGGCGCCACUCUGACCCUGUCCUCCCUGGCUGUGGGUGAC